UCCUGUGUUUGUAUGUUACGUAAAUGUGCCGCCUGCUCGUGUGGCCGAGGGGUGGAAAUUAAAAAAGCCACCGUCCGAGUCCGCUCACUCUCUCUUUUCACGCUCGAACAAGAAAGCUGGGUCUCCAGACGAGGUGAACAGUGUGAGGAUGAAGAUUGCAGUGAUCGGUCAGAGCCUGUUUGGCCAGGAGGUGUACACGGAGCUCAAGAAGGACGGUCACACCAUCGUGGGAGUGUUUACCAUCCCAGACAAGGACGGCAAGGCUGACCCACUGGCCACUGAGGCGGAGAAGGAUGGCGUAGCUGUUUUCAAGUUCCCCCGCUGGCGUGUGAAGGGCCAGGCCAUCCCAGAGGUGGUGAAUCAGUACAAGGCCACCGGUGCUGAGCUCAAUGUCCUGCCCUUCUGCUCUCAGUUUAUCCCCAUGGAGGUCAUUGACCACCCCAAACAUGGCUCCAUCAUCUACCACCCCUCCCUGCUGCCUCGUCACAGAGGGGCCUCUGCUAUCAACUGGACCCUGAUCCAUGGUGACAAAAAGGGUGGGUUCACUGUGUUCUGGGCUGAUGAGGGACUGGAUACUGGACCAAUUCUGCUGAAGAGGGAGUGUGAUGUUGAACCCAAUGACACCGUCAACACAAUCUACAAGAGAUUUCUCUUCCCCGAGGGCGUCAAAGGCACAGUGGAGGCAGUGAGGCUGAUUGCAGAGGGGAAAGCCCCGAAGAUCACGCAGCCACUGGAGGGAGCCACAUACGAGUGCAUCCAGAAGAAAGACAAUGCUAAGAUUGACUGGAACCAGCCUGCUGAGGCUCUUCACAACUGGAUCAGAGGAAACGACAAAGUGCCCGGUGCCUGGGCAGAGGUGGAUGGCCAGAAAGUGACGUUUUAUGGUUCCUCGCUGCUGGAUUCAGGCUCCACAGCCAGUGGUCAGCCGCUGGAAAUCCCUGGAGCCAGUCGACCCGGCAUCGUCACCAAGGCAGGCCUGGUCCUGUUUGGCAACGAUGGCAAGACGCUGCUGGUGAAGAAUCUGCAGUUUGAAGAUGGGAAGAUGAUCGCUGCAGGACAGUACUUCAGCUCAGGGAGCAGCGCUGCUGUGGAGCUCACUGAGGAGGAGAAGGCCUUUGCUGAACAGAUGAGGGCCGUGUGGCAGAGCAUUCUCUCUAAUGUGACUCAAAUUGAAGACUCCACUGAUUUCUUCAAGUCUGGUGCGACGUCAAUGGAUGUGGUCAGGCUCGUGGAGGAGGUGAAGCUCCGGGCCAGUAACUGCCAGCUGCAGAAUGAGGACAUUUACAUGAACACCACGUUCCAAGAUUUCAUUCAGAUGUGCGUCAGGAAGCUCAGAGGGGAGGACGGUGAAGAAGAGCUCGUUGUUGACUAUGUGGAGAAGGACAUCAACAAUAUGACAAUAAAAAUGCCUCAUCAGCUGUUCAUCAAUGGGGAGUUUGUUGAUUCAGAGGGAGGGAAGACCUACAAGACCAUCAACCCCACUGAUGGCUCAGUCAUCUGUGAAGUGUCUCUGUCUCAAAUAAGUGACGUGGACAAGGCAGUGGCUGCAGCUAAAGAUGCCUUUGAAGAGGGAGAGUGGGGCAAAAUGAACCCAAGGGACAGAGGCAGACUCAUCUACAAGCUUGCUGACCUGAUGGAGCAGCACCAGGAGGAGCUGGCCACCAUCGAAGCGAUUGACUCUGGAGCCGUUUACACACUGGCCCUCAAGACUCAUGUGGGCAUGUCCAUCCAGACCUUCCGCUACUUCGCUGGCUGGUGUGAUAAGAUCCAAGGCAGCACCAUCCCUAUCAACCAGGCCAGGCCCAACCGUAAUCUCACCUUUACCAAGAAGGAGCCGAUAGGUGUGUGUGCCAUCGUGAUUCCCUGGAACUACCCUCUGAUGAUGCUGGCCUGGAAGACAGCAGCCUGCCUCGCAGCUGGAAACACAAUCGUCCUCAAACCUGCUCAGGUGACUCCACUGACGGCGCUGAAGUUCGCUGAGUUGGCAGCGAGGGCUGGACUCCCCAAGGGUGUCAUUAAUAUCCUGCCUGGAUCAGGUGUUCUGGUGGGUCAGCGCAUGUGUGACCAUCCUGACGUUCGCAAGCUGGGCUUCACGGGUUCCACUGAGAUUGGUAAACACAUCAUGAGGAGCUGCGCGGUCAGUAAUGUGAAGAAAGUCUCUUUGGAGCUUGGAGGAAAGUCGCCUCUCAUCAUCUUCAGUGACUGUGACAUGGACAAGGCUGUGCGCAUGGGCAUGAGCUCAGUGUUCUUCAAUAAGGGAGAGAACUGCAUCGCCGCUGGCAGACUGUUUCUUGAAGACACCAUUCACGACCAGUUUGUGGCAAAAGUGGUUGAGGAGGUGAAAAAGAUGAAGAUCGGUGACCCGCUGGACCGCUCCACUGACCACGGGCCUCAGAACCACAAAGCCCACCUGGACAAACUGGUGGAAUACUGUCAGACUGGCAUCAAGGAGGGAGCCACCCUGAUAUGUGGUGGCAAACAGGUUGAGCGACCAGGUUUCUUCUUUGAACCCACAGUGUUCACUGAUGUGCAAGACCACAUGUACAUGGCCAAAGAGGAGUCGUUCGGCCCUGUCAUGAUCAUUUCCAAGUUCAAGGGAAAUGAAGUGGACGAUGUCCUUAAAAGGGCCAAUGCUACAGAGUACGGCCUGGCGUCGGGUGUUUUCACACGGGACAUCAGCAAAGCUCUCUACGUCAGUGAAAGACUCAACGCUGGCACAGUAUUUGUCAACACCUACAACAAGACUGAUGUGGCUGCACCUUUUGGAGGCUUUAAACAGUCUGGAUUUGGCAAAGACCUGGGACAAGAGGCUCUGAAUGAAUACCUGAAGACAAAGGCAGUGACCAUAGAGUAUUAGGAGGACAGCAGCGUCCUGUGCACACUGAGGAGGAGACAUGCGAUGUAACCAUAGUGACAUGAGUUCAGACCUGUCCUGCACUACAGCUCGUUCCUUCACUACUGACUACUGAUUGUUUGAGUGAAAGCCUUAAAAUGUGCGUUUGUAAUAUGGCUUACAUUAGGUCAUGAAUGUUUCCAGAAAUGUAACAUUUCUAAUCAUUUUUACUUAUCAAUAAAUAAAAAUUGCUGAGCACUGAA